UUAGAUCAAUCGUUAUGUUUGUAGCUGCAAGGCGAUGUAUUGAAACUCGUGGUUAUGCAAGAUACUGGAACUGGGAAAGAGAAGACAGACCCAGACGUGCAAUCUUAUAGUUUAAGCUAAGUGAUGUGAAAAUCUACAUAUCUUUACGCAGCUAACGUUAACUAGCUCGUAUGAACCCAACAAGUAAAUACAUUAAAGGGAUCGACUUGAGCGAACACCACGCAGAUUCACUGAGUUGCAAACGAAGUGGAUGGGUCUAGCUCAUUGGUUUUGUGGAUCUGACACAGUUGCUACCUCAGAUUAUGAGCCUAGCAAGUGUCGCGAAGGAGGCAUCAUGGACAAGUCAUCAUACCGUUUGCUGCAGCUUCUGUCCUUGGCAUGGCUGGCCUGUAGGCCCACCUACAGUUCUAUCACCACCUAUGGAACAAUAAUCCCACAAUCUCCAUCAGUGGAAAUUGGGAAGGAAUUCACCGCCACAUGUGUGCUCUACAAAGCUGCUAAAGCCACAGCGGAGGACAUCUACUGGAAGUUGAAAAACGUCACAGUGCCCAAAGAGCAGUACACCAAGAUAAAUGACUCGGCUGUUAGCGUGACCAUCACCAUCACCAAUGAAACGGCCAACUGGUUACUUUGUGAGAAGAAAGGGUCUUCCUUAUCCUUAAACCUAAAUCAAGUAAUCCAUGGGAUUCUAUUGACCAAAGGGUAUCCCCCUGAGAAGCCUGCGAACCUGUCCUGCAUGGCUGUCCAGUUUGGCCGAAAGAUUUCCUCCAACGUGACGUGCACAUGGCAGCCUGGGACAAGAGACGAGAUGCUGAAAACGACUUAUACCUUGUUUGGCAGUCUAAUUGGUUCAAAUAAGAGCAGCAAAGCUCACAGAAGCUGUGGAUACAUCGACUUCGAUACCUUUCCAAGCUUCAUGGAACUUGCUAUAUGGGUAGAAGUUGAAAACAAGUUGGGGAAGGUUCGAUCUGACAUUCUGGAUAUUUUUGCUGCUGAUUUGGUGAAAACGAAUCCCCCAUCAGAUGUCAAUAUUAUUUCCGAGAAUAACUUUUCCAGGACUCUCUUAGUGCGUUGGAAGCACCCUAUCCAUGUAACCUAUGUAACGCUGAAAUACAACAUCAGGUUCUGCACUGUGGGCUCUCGAGACUGGACUGAGGUACCCCCAAAUGACACCGAAAGCUACAAGGAGUCUUUCCGUCUUCAGUACCUCAAGCCGGACACGGAGUAUGUAGUGCAGGUGCGAUGCAUUCAUUAUAGGGGCUAUGGCUAUUGGAGUGACUGGAGCGCUAACUCUACCGCCAGGACCCCAGAGGACAAGCCUACAAGUAAGCCAGACCUAUGGAGAGUCGUCCUUCCCAGCCAAGUCAAAAGUGAGCGGAGAGUGCAAGUGAUGUGUAAGGAUCCAGUGGAGUCCAAUGGAAGGAUACGGGGCUACAGCAUCAAGAUCCAAGAUGGAACCUGGGAGACUGUGGCGGUCAAUGACUCUGACCUGGAUUCUAGGUCGCAAGAGAGGAAAAUUAUCCCCCUUUACCAGAUUCCCUGGUCUGACAAGAGAAGAGGCCUCAUUGAAUUGAAGGCCUGGAAUUCUGUUGGCGAGUCUCCCCAAGCGUCUUUGGUCAUCCCAGAAUUGACACACGAGCCCCCUUCGGUGGAAUCGCUCAGCUGGUUUACCCAGCAGGGGAGGCUGUGGGUGAAAUGGCAGCCCCCCAAUGUGACGGCCACGGGGGAGCCCUACAGGUCCGAGGUGACGGAGUACAUACUGGAGUGGGUGUCUGUCAGCGAUGGCGCUAUGGACUGGCAGAGAGAACGUAGGCAUACUAGGACGGCAGCCAUUAAAGGUAACCUUCAGAAGUUCAAUCGCUACAAUAUAUCUGUGUAUCCCAUGUACUCUGGGUGGACUGGGAAGCCAUUGACCAUAGCAGCCUUUCUGGAACAAGGAGUUCCUCUGGAGGGUCCCUCUGUGAAAGUGAGGCGGACAGGGAAAAACGACGCUGAGCUGGAGUGGAUGGAGAUUCCACUGGACAAACAGCGAGGGUUCAUCACCAACUACACCAUCUUCUUCAUCACAGGGGGCAAGGAACACUCAAUAGUUGUCUCUAACGACACCUAUUCUUACACUGUGAAGCGCAUGGCCAGCAACAGCAAGUAUGUUGUGCGGGUCAUGGCAUCUACAGUACAAGGCUCUACAAACAGCUCGGACCUGUCAUUCAAUACUCUGAUGUAUGCUUCCGGGCAGAUAGAAGCCAUCGUGGUGUCUGUGUGCAUCAGCUUCCUCUUUUCCGUAGUGCUGACCAUGCUCUGCUGCAUUUACAAAAUGGACUCGAUAAUCAAGAAGAUCUGGCCACCGGUUCCAGACCCCUCCAACAGCACUAUCGCCAAAUGGUCUCCUGAUUUCACAUCCAAAGCUGACACUCCUAAGGAGAAUGCGCUGGGUGACGUGAGUAUUGUAGAGGUGGACGUGUUCGACAGGAAGUCUCUGUGUGAGGAGGACAAGGCAGGCCUGCCGCUCAAGAAGGACAAGUACCUGUCGGAGGAGCAUAGCAGCGGCAUCGGCGGCUCCUCCUGCCUGUCGUCGCCUCACCAGAGCGUCUCGGACAGCGACGAGGGUGGCGACGAGGGCCAGACUACAGCCAGCACCGUCCAGUACUCGUCGGUGGUGGCAUCCUGCGGCUACAAGGGCCAGACCCCCUGCCCUCUCCCCCAGUCCGGCUCCUCCCAGACGCCCAGCUUCGCCCGCUCCGAGUCCACCCAACCCCUGCUGGACAGCGAGGAGCACCCGGAGGGCCCCGAGUCACAGCGCUACCUGCGGAACCCCUACUUCGGGCGCUUGCCUGCGGGGAACAAUGGCGACAGCGGAGACCUGGAGGACUUGAACCAGAUGGAGAUGAAGAAGCAGGGGUUGGCUUUGCGCCAGUUCUGCCCCCUGGAGGAGGACUUUCAGCAGACCACACCCACAGAGGAGGGUCAGUCACCUGACGUACAGCCAGGCCCUGACCCUAGCUACAUGCCUCAGCUCAGCGGCUACAGGCCUCAGUGUUAGGAGGACGUAUGGUGACUUAGUUUGAGGUUGUCACACUUCAUGUACAGUGACUCUUCCUCUGCGCCUUUGUUAAUUUCAUUCACUUCACUCAUUCACUUUCACUUUUAAAUUAUGAAUAUCAGCCUAUUUUUGCACUUACCCAAAUGGCAAUCAUGAACUUCAUGUGGGCUUCGUGACUUGCCUUGUUAAAUUUAAGUGGAUGAUAUAGUUUGCCUGUAUGUCGAGGUUCUAUUGUUUUAACAUCCUAAAAAGCAAAUAGAUGCCUACGUGCAGACCCAUUUAUUUUCAGUUAAUUACUGACCUAGGUAGUUGGCGUCACCCAUUGACCUCCAAAGAAAACAGUAUCCAUAGCCUAGAUGUGGACCCCUAUUCUCUACAAGCCGGCCAAGAUGAACUUUGAAUGGACAAAGUGUGAUGACGCAUCAUUCCAAGAAAGAGGACUUGAAGGAAGCGAAAAGGUGAUGCUAGCCAAUACAACAGGACCCUCUUGAAAUGCAGUACCUUCAGAAAGUAUCUACACACAAUACCCAUAAUGACAAGGUGAAACAUGUGUUUUUGAAAUUUUAGCAAAUCUAUUGAAAAUGAAAAACAUGAUUUACAUAAGUAUUCACACCCCUGACUCAAUACACGUUAGAAUCCUAUUUGACAGCAAUUACAGCUGUGAGUACAAGAGCUAUGCGAGGCUGGAUUGUACAAGUUGUUAGUUGUUCAUCAUUGCUCGAAAGCCAUUUUCAAGUCUUGCCAUAGGUUUUCAAGCUAAUUAUAGUCAAAACUGUAACUAGGCUACACAGGAACAUUCAAUGUCAUCUUGGUAAGCAACUACAGUGUAUUUUUGGACUUUUGUUUUAGUUUAUUGUCCUGCUGAAAGCUGUAUUUGUGUCCGUGUCUGUUGGAAAGCACACUGAACCAGGUUUUCCUCUAGGAUUUUGCCUGUGAUUAGCUCUAUUCCAUUUAUUAUUAUUUUUUUCCCCAAAAAAACUCUAGUCCUUGCUGAUGACAAGCAUACCCAUAACAUGAUGCAGGCACCACCAUGCUUGAAAAUAUAAAGUGUGGUACUCAGUGAUGUGUUGGAUUUGCCCCAAACAUAAUGCUUUGUAUUCAGGACAUGAAUUACAUUUCUUUGACACAUAUUUUGCAGUUUUACUUUAGUGCCUUAUUGCAAACAGGAUACAUUGGAAUAUUGUUUUGGAAUAUUUGUAUUCUGUAUAGGCUUCCUUCUUUUCACUCUGUCAUGUAGGUUAGUAUUGUGGAGUAACUACGAUGUUAUUGAUUCAUCCUCAGUUUUCUCCUAUCACAGCCAUUAAACUCUGGUAGGAAGGACGCCUUUAACUUUGUAGUGACUGGGUGUAUAGAUACACCAUCCAAAGUGUAAUUAAUAACUUCACCAUGCUCAAAAGGAUAUUCAAUGUCUGCUUUUUUUUUUUUUUUACCCAUCUACCAAUAGGUGCCCUUCUUUGAGGCACUGGAAAACCUCCUUGCUCAAUGCUCAACCGAGGGACCUUACAAGUAAUUGUAUGUGUGGGGUACAGAGACGAGGUAGUCAUUCAAAAAUCAUGUUAAAUACUUAUUGCACACAGUGAGUGCAUGCAACUUGUGACUUGUUAAGCAAAGUUUUACUCCUGAACUUUAGGCUUGCCAUAAAAAGGGUUGAAUAAUUGGCUCAACAUUUCAGCUUUUCAUUUUUUAUUAAUUUGUAAAAACAUCGUUCCUCUUUGAAAUUAUUGGCUAUUGUGUGUAGGCCAGUGAGAUACGAGCUCAAUUGAAUACAUUUUAAAUUCAGACUAACACAAAAUGUGGAAAAAGUCAAGUGGUGUGAAUACUUUGAAGGCACUGUAUGCUACACUAGUAGGUGUAUGGUUAGUGACAAAUCUUUCCAGAUAGAAAAACUGUUUGACAAAUGUAUAUUUGGCCUUUUUACAAUGCCUUAUUCCUUUUUUUUUCUCAAAGUCUUGUUGACUUUACGUCAUGAAUGAAGUGAAGAAAUGCUAUGCAAGUUCCCUGCCCAUUGAAAAUAUCUUGUUCAAGGUCAGAUAUAGAGAUCUUACUGUUGCAUUAUUAUAUAUACUGAAAGGGAAGUUUAUGUAUAAUAUGUUUCUGGGAAAUGUUUUUCAUAUGAAUUUUUGUGUUAUGAAUUUUCUGAAGACUGAAAAGUGUAGUACAUUUUGUUCAUUUGUUUGAGAUUCUUUUGUUUGGAACAUAUGUACAGAGCUCAACAGGACCAACUCCCAUAUUUGUUCCUACAGAGAAUAUGCUCAGAAAGGGAUGUUACAUGUACGGACUAUUUAAAUAUUGCUACUUUGAGGGUUCUGAGAAAUAUUCUUACACCAUCACUCAGUUAACACUACUUUUCCACAUAUACGGGAAACAUAACAUAGCCUAGUACUUCACUGCAUGCCACCAGAAUACAUGUGGCCUUUUUGGAGCAUGGUCUGUGAAUGUGUGACAUUAUACAAUAUGAAAUAAACCAAAAGUGUUA